AUGGAGACGAUAAGUAAACAGAAACGUAUUGGGUUCGUUUCAACCGUGGAUACUGAUAGCAUGUUUUUUGGUUCUACACUGUAUGUACUUAGUGCUAAAAAAUUAUUCUUAUUGUUACAAUGAGUUUGGAAAACAUAGAUGAAAGUAUGAGAAAAGUUGCCCUACGUCUCGCGUUAGAGGAUGAAGAGAAACGUAAAUCGAAUCCUAAUGAAACUCACGAACGUUCACUUAUCAUCAUAGGCAGUAAAUCCGUGGGUAAAACAACGAUGGUCUAUCGAUUUUUGGAAAAGGAUGAGACACCAAAGCCUACAAUUGCGAUGGAUUAUUCGUUUGGACGAAAAGCCGGUAAAAGCUUAGUGAAAGACGUCGUCCACGUUUGGGAAAUAGGCCAUUUAACCUCAUCCUUGGUAUCUGCAGCAAUGUUAGGAUCAGCUCUCACGCAUUCUCCUCACCACGUUACUCUGAUGAUAAUGCUGGAUUUAUCAACACCCCAGUCGCUCUGGUCUACGCUUGACGAAAGUCUAACGGUAGCACGAAGUGCCAUGAAAAUGAGUUAUGAUUCAAGAAUUGUCGAGGAGAUGAAAAAUGCAAGAGUGAGGGAAAGGAAAAAAGAGACGGAAACGGAAGUUGAUCCCUUUCCGAUGCGAUUAUGUAUUCUAGGUGGAAAAUAUGAUAAAUUUAAAGAAUUUGAUAUGGAGAGGAAACAAUUGGUUGAUAGAACAUUGAGAGCUGUAGCUCAUUGCUUAGGUGCGAGCCUUCAGUAUCAUUCUUCCAGAGACACCGUGUUAAUCAGGAGAACUAAGGAUCUCUUGGCUCAGUAUGGAUUUGGUACGCAGCCAAACAAAGGAGUGUGUCUGGAUUAUGAAAAACCACUUGUAGUGCCAGCUGGGGCCGAUUCUUUCUCUUCGAUAAACUUUAAAUUACCACAUGGGAGACCAGCCGCCAUCAUCGAUACUAUAAAACAGUUUUACGUUGGUAGUAUACCUCAGGAUAUCAAAACGGAAGAAUCAAACCUUGAGGAUCCUGCUAAUGAUCCAAAUUUUCAAGAGCCAAUUAUCGAUAGGUUGAGAUCACAAAGAGAAGAGGAAAUCAGUAUUCUUCUGCAGGAUAUGUUAGAAGGUCAUACGCCAAAGAUUGCGAUUCCAGAACCUCUUUAAAAAACACCCCUCUCUAUUUAAAGGAAAAAGAAAAAAUCCAAUACAGAUUACAGAUCAAUAUUCGUCUCACUGAAUAAUUUGCGAGUUCCUGACCAGCAUUCAUCAAUAGACAGUUACGUGUUGUACAUACGUAUAUGAAUCAAGGACAAUAAAAUCAAAUAACAAACUUCAAAAGAAUCCGAUUGUCAUGCAUAUAAUCACCAAAUCAAUAAAUGUGAUCGCACGAUUAUCUUAAAUAUAUUUUUUGGCAACGACGUGAAGUCUACAAAAAAAUAAAAUGAAAAAAAUCCUA